CGAUACCCUUUUUGAUGAUACUUUAAGUCGUUUACGUCGAGACGUUGAUCGCGUCUUCAAUGAUUUCUUCGUUAAUACUAAAACCGAUAACACUGGCCUCAUUGGCGGCGGUGUCGGAUUUUUUUCUCCACGCGUUGACGCCGAGUUGCCUGGUGUUCCAAAAGAAAAUGUAAAUGUUGAGGUUCAAGAUAAUAAUCUUGUCAUUAGCGGAGAAAACAAGGAUGAAAGUACUCGUGAAACUGAUUCCGGAUGGAUCCGUGAAAGGCGUUUUGGUCGUUUUCAGCGAGUUAUUUCACUUCCGUUCAAUGUCAACUCUGACAAGACUAAGGCAAAAUUCUCCGAUGGAAUUUUAGAGAUUACGGUUGAAGAAACGAUAACCACGGAGAAACUCAUUUUAACCUCUCCUAACUCCGUCAAUACCAUAUCCACUACCAUUAUAACGAAUAUCGAUGAAGAUUUAAAUCGAUUGUCAAAAAAGAUGGAAAAGCGAGUUGUAACCUUCCAAGCUCGAACUUCCCAACUUGAUCGUGAAACCUUGGAAACGCAUAAAGAUCCAUUCAGAGGAUUUUUCACCUUAUUUUGGAUCGGAAUGGUGUUCUACACCUUAAAAGUCGAACUCUCCGAGUGGGCGUUACGACUUAAAUAUUUAAAGCAAGAACAUGCAAGAUUAGUUGGUGCAUCCAAAAAAUCCGAUUACGAAGGGAAUGAAAGUGAAAAUCAACAAGAGGUGAACAAGCUAGAAUCACAAAUUAAACAAGUCGAGGGGUAUCUCAAGAGUCCAGCUGGAAAUAUCAGUUAUCCAAAUAACAUUACGAUAACGAACUUUGUUGAUUUUUUGUUGGUACCAACUUUGGUCUACGAACUGGAAUAUCCCAGAACGGAAAAGUAA